CGUACAGUUCGGUGUCAAACAGCUGCAAUGGCGACAAAAUGGCUUGCCUUCUUCCUGUUCUUCAUCCAGGUAGACUAUCUUUCAUGCUGCGUUUUUGACAAAGUCAAAGAAAUCAACAUUGGCAAUUCUUAUUUAGACGGUUUUGAAGAUAAGAAUAAGUGCUUCGCUGCCUGCUACGCAAACAAGGAAUGCUACGCAGUAGAGCUUUACAAGAAAGUCAAUAGAUGCUACCUAUGUACCAAAGGAGAAAUUACAAUCGACUGCGCAGACGAUAGGCCAGAAUGUUACGUCCUUCAGCGCGACGAGGCAAAGGCAUUGAGUAAGGAAGAGGAGAAAGUAUCUAGCGAAGUUGGUUCGAUCUUAGAAGGCAAUAAAGAGCUUGUAGGUACCGUUUAUCUGAAUCCAAGAACAUGA